AAAGAAAGAAAAAUAGAUAGAGAAGAAAACAUUCCAAAGGGAUAAAAUAGAAAAUUUUUUAAAAAAAAAAUCCAGAGGGAGAAGAGUUAUGGCUGCAGCGAAGGUGGCGAACCGUGGAGAAUUCGAGACGAGCGAAGGGGUGGAAGCUAUAGGUAGUUUCGAUGAGAUGGGGAUUAAAGAGGAUGUUCUUCGCGGUAUCUACUCGUACGGAUAUGAGAGGCCCUCGGCGAUUCAGCAGAGGGCGAUUAUGCCGAUUCUCCAAGGGCGAGAUGUGAUUGCUCAAGCUCAAUCCGGUACGGGAAAGACCUCUACGAUCGCUCUCUCCGUCUGCCAAGUGGUUGACACUUCGUCUAGAGAAGUUCAGGCCUUGAUAUUGUCUCCAACCAGAGAGAUAGCUUCACAGACAGGGAAGACUAUACAAGCUAUUGGGUUUCACGCCAAUAUUCAAGCACAUGCAUGCAUCGGCGGUAAGAGCAUUGGAGAAGACAUCAGAAAGCUGGAGCACGGUGUCCAUGUUGUGUCUGGAACACCUGGUCGUGUCUGUGACAUGAUAAAGAGGACAAGCCUUCGCACCCGAUCUAUUAAACUCCUUGUUCUUGAUGAAUCAGAUCAACUGCUUGGUAGAGGAUUCAAGGACCAAAUCUACCAUGUCUACAGGUGCCUUCCACCCGACCUUCAGGUUUGUUUGGUCUCUGCAACUCUUCCUCACGACGUUCUGGAGAUGACAGCCAAGUUUUUGACGGACCCUGUGCGGAUACUUGUCAAGCGUGACGAGCUGACCCUCGACGCUAUUAAACAGUUUUUUGUUUCUGUUGAGAAGGAGGCCUGGAAAUUUGAUACACUCUGUGAUCUUUAUGACACGCUUACUAUCACUCAAGCUGUUAUCUUCUGCAAUACCACACGAAAGGUGGAUUGGCUUUGUGAGAAACUGCGGAGCAACAACUUCACCAUCUCAUCAAUGCACGCAGACAUGCCUCAAAAGGAAAGAGACGUGAUCAUGAAUCAGUUUCGGUCGGGUGACAGCCGCCUUCUCAUCACUACAGAUGUUUUGGCACGUGGGGUUGACGUGCAGCAAGUUUCUCUUGUCAUCAAUUAUGAUCUCCCCAACUCCCGUGACCUCUACAUCCAUCGUAUUGGACGUUCUGGUCGUUUCGGCCGUAAGGGUGUUGCUAUCAACUUUGUUAAAAGCGACGACAUUCACAUUCUCCGGGACAUUGAGCUCUACUACAGUACCCAGAUUGAUGAGAUGCCUAUCAAUGUUGCUGAUCUUAUCUAAAUUUACUCAUUAUGCUACAUUUUUUUUUUUUUUUUGCUUUCACUUGUCUGAAUGAGAAAGUUGAUGUCUCUUUGGAGUUUGUGUGUGUGCUCUUUCUUUUUUUUCCACACUUGAAACUCGAUUGUCCGGUUUUUGUUGUCAAAUUUCUCAGCAUUAUUUAUAAGACUUGUGAUUAUUAUACACUUAGCU